AUGGACCAAUGCGAUAGGUCACUGUUGCCAAAAAUACCGGGUAUCUAUCAGUCGUAUUUGGAAAUCAAAGAUAAAUAUCCAAUAGGUAAUGAUUUAGAAUGCAUUGACAACGUGAGAUUCAUCAAGUCGAUAGAAAAAAAGAAUGAACCACUGUUCUGUGAUGACGACGUAGCCAUGGUGAUGUUGGCCAAAGGCCGCAAUGUCAUCAAAAUGCGUAAUUGGUUGGCGUUUGACGAUAAACAGGUUCUCACUUAUUACGCAUUUUACAAAAAGUCAGGACGUGGAAGCUCCGGAGGUUUUGAUCACAUACUAAAACGGCUGAAAAUCAUUUAUUUUUUAGUGGACGAAACGAUUCAAGUAAACGAACCAACGAAACCGAACAGCGGCUAUCCUCAAGGUUGUUUCAUAAAAAAACAAAAAAUACCGUUACCUGGUUGUGAUCAAGAAACUGGACCCUAUUAUAGGCUACCCGAUUUAAUCGUCGGCACUACGGUCACAUUUUACGGAAAAGAGUUAAAAAUCACAGGUGUCGACGCAUUUACUAGAGACUUCCUGAGCACGAUGGGAGUUCCCGCGAUGGCCAACGAACAGUUUCCCGAAGACCCAUAUUUUGAGUACAGGAAAAAAACCGCUCUGGAUAUAACGUUAAAAAAUAAACCGAAUUUUAGUCAAAACCAACUUCCCAAUGGCUACGACGGUCUGAUCUUGCGAUUUAGGGGCUAUUGGGACAAUCGUUACCAAAUGGAAGGCGAACUGCAUUUCUAUGAAGUGCUCUAUUACCUCAUCGACGACACGAUGGAGUUGGUUGAAGAAAUCGUUGAUGAAACCAAAGUAACAGGAAUACGUCACAAAAUGAUUGUGAGAAGACAACGGUUACCUACAGAAGGCCCGUGGUGUCCACGACCUGGCCACAAUGUCAAACAAGACAUACUGAACGUUAUGUCGAUAAACAAAAAUUCGUUUUACUAUACUAUGGACUCUCAGCUUGGAGAUGAGCAAAAAAUAACGUAUUAUCAUUGUGAAGAUUUGUUCAUCGGAAAAGUUCUAAACGUGUAUGGUCGCUCUGUCGUAUUGUUUUCAUGUGAUCAAUUUACCAAAAACUUUUAUAAAAAUGUAUACAAUUUAGAAACCUUCAAUCCAAUAGAAGCUCCUAAAACAAUGAAGGAAAUUGAAGAAGAAAUGUUAAAUCAAAAACGAGUAGAAAUAAUUUUGAAAAACCAUGAUGAAGUAUUAAGAAAGCGUUUGCUUAAAUAUGGAGGUACAGGAAUGAUAUUUGGAUUUCUCAUUAAAAUGAUAACCGAUGAUCCAAUUAAUCGAGGAAGAAAUUUCAUGUUGAAGUACUAUUUGGAUGAUACAGAAUUCGCUAUAUACGAAUAUAGAGAAACAAAUUCAGGAAUGCGUGGCGGAAUGUUUCGUUCAAAACGUGGGUUCAGUAAAGACCAAAACCAGGCAGAUUUAUUCAUUUUUCAUCAGUUAGCGGUAGGAAUUAACAUUUCUAUUGACGAAUUCAAGUUUAAUAUUACAGAUAUCGACGAUAAGACAUUGCAGUUCAUGAUCGAUAAUCCAAAUGAGUUCUCACACAGUAAUUUGGCAAUAGCCAGAAGCAAAACGCGUGAACUGAUAAACAAUCGAUUCCAGAGUUUGGACGAAUUUCGAACGAAAUAUUUUCAAGAUCGAGAACUGGUGGACAGAGAUGAAUUCAGAGAAGUAUUGUCCUUUGAAGGAGAACUGAAUCCUCAUAUUGCAGUAGUACUUGCAUUAAAGCAUAAACGACCAGAUCCGUAUGAACCUUUUACUGAAGAUGUGCUUAGAAGCUCAGUGCAAGACGCAAUGAGAAAAGGCGGUUUUAUACACUUUGACGGUUUGAAGAAUAAUUUCAGAUCCAGAAAAUCGAGAUCCGAUAAAGUAGGAUACAUUGCAUGCACUGAAGUAAUUAAGGCGAUGAAAAGCAAUAAAGUCCCGUUGACCGAGGAAAUAACUAGUAUUCUCGUUAAUAAAUUCACGGAUACCGAAAACGGUUGCAUUGUAAACUUUGAAGACAUGGUGGAAUUCAUAGACUACGUGAAAAAUCCGGUGGAACCUCCGUCUAGAUUAGCCAGGGAACUUUUGUUCGUAAAACCCAAAAAGGUUUUGGUUCGAGUGAACGAGUUCAUAGAUGGCCUGCGGUCGGAGACGCAGUAAAUAGUACGCAUGACGGAAAAUGAUAUCUCAAUCAAACUACUAUCACAUUUUUAAAUCCGCAAGUUUAAUUAAAAUUAAGUGUUUUAGAAAAAAAACUCUGUUUCUGCUCUGUAUUAUUUUAUC